CAACACUAGUACGGAGCCAUUUUAUUUUCCUAGUUAUUCUUUGAUUUGCUAUAAGAAGAAAGGGUUAGAAAAGUUUGUGGAAUUGUGUAUAUAUAUCUGAAGAAAAAACAGAAAAGUUAUUAAAAUAUGUCUCAUGAAACUGAAAUUCAAGGAGGUGGAAUAGGUUAUCAACCCAAGAUAAAUGAUGUUGCCCAAAAUUUCUUGGUUGAUCUGCAGAAGGAACGCUCUCGUCUAACGGAAGAUUUUCCAUUGUGUGCUCUUUUAAUUGAUGAAGCUUUCGAUCGAGUUUAUUCUACUGGGCGUAUACCCGGCCGCGAAUUUUAUGCCGAUGUACUCAAGCAAAAGCCAAUGAAACUUACCCAAAAGGUGUUUGUGCCAGUAAAACAAUAUCCGAAAUUUAAUUUUAAUGGAAAAAUUUUGGGACCCAAAGGAAAUUCCCUUAUUCGCCUGCAGGACGAAACACAAUGUAAGAUAACUAUCAAGGGCCGUAAUUCCAUGCGUGACAAGGUUAAGGAAGAAGAAUUGCGAAAAUCAGACGACCCACGUUUUAGUCAUUUAAAUAAGGAUUUAUUUGUGGAAAUAAGUACAGUAGCCACACCAGCCGAAUGCUAUGCUCGUAUUGCGUAUGUUUUGGCCGAAAUUCGCAAAUAUCUAAUACCCGACAAAAAUGAUGAAGUCUCACACGAACAGUUACGUGAAAUAAUGGACAUCGAUCCUGAGAUGGCUAAAGCUGGAUAUGGAGGUAAACCGGAAAUAUACAAAACUGUAUUUGACAAAACUGAAGAUUCAAAAGGAACACGGAAAUAUUUAGAAUUUUUGAAGCAUACUUCAAAUGCAGAGCGAGAGGAAUUGGAAGACGAAUAUGAGUAUGAACAUAUUUCACAUGGCCCACCACCAAAACGCCCUUCAAAUUCAAGUGGUUAUGAAUAUAUUAAAGUUCCAUCAUCUUCGAAAGGAUACAAACGUGCUGUACCCAUGUAUACAGAUACCAAACGCGUACGUGAAGUCUCUUCAUCUAAACCGUAUAAAAACUUCUAAUAUGUAUGGAAUUAAAAAAUAAAUCUAACUAAAAUGAAAAUUAAUAUAAAACAUUUUAUAAUAAUUUAAAAAAUAUAUGAAUGAAAUAUUAACAAAAUAAAAUAUAGAUAUUUGAAUUACAAACAAGAAAAGUGUUCACAUAACAAAUAAAACUCUAAGAUAAUUUUACAUAAAAAAUAAAGUAAACCGAAUUUACUAUCUAAUUAAUAGAUGGUAAAAACGGCAUAUAAAAUAUUAUAAACAUCGUUAGAAUAAAAAUUUUGGUUAUAAUAAAUAGAUGCUGCACAUAUUAGGCCGUAUUCAUAAUUUUGUAUGGAAAUUUGUAUAAAAUUAAAAAUUGAUUAUGAAUAAUAGCAUGUAAAUUUAAAAAAAACUUUUUUUAAUUGGCACAAUAAAUAGAAAAUUAUUCCGAAA